AUGGCUGAAGUUUCGGUUGUAAUCAUCGUUAGCGGUGAUGGUGGUGAUCUUAUAGAAAUCAGCCCUGAUGGAAGGUGCGGAAGACCAUUGCUGUCUCUCUUUCACAAGAGCUCUUUAUCAGCGAGUCGGGAUUAUUACAUCGGAGCUGUAGAAAAGGAUUGGAACUAUGCACCAACAGGAACAAACAACGUGAAAGGAAUGCCACUGGACAGUGACAGUGAUGGCUCUCAGUUUACGGUGUCAGGUCCCCACAGAGUAGGAAGCAUCUAUCGCAAGGUGCUCUAUCGUGAGUUCACAGAUGGCACCUUUACAGAAGAGAAACCUCAUCCGAAGUACUUAGGAUUGCUGGGUCCUAUAAUAAAGGGCGAGGUUGGCGAUACUCUAAACGUUCACUUCAAAAACAUGGCUAACCGUUCGUUUACAAUGCACCCACAUGGGGUCUUUUAUGACAAGGGCUCAGAGGGUGCUCUCUAUGAUGAUCAUACGGAGGGAGGCCAGAAAGGGGACGAUCACGUACUUCCUGGUGUAACCCGGGUCUACAAAUGGACAAUUCCUGAAAAUCAUGCGCCAACCAAAGAUGACGAGAAGUGUCUUACUUGGGCUUACCACUCUCACGUGAAACCCGUCAAUGACAUCAACACUGGCUUGAUUGGAGCGAUAUUAACCUGCAAAAAAGGAACACUAGACGAAAGGGGGACUCGCACAGACGUUGAUAAGGAAUUUGUGUUACUCUUCGCUGUAAUGGACGAGAACAAGAGCUGGCUUCUUGAUGAAAACAUCGCACGCUUUUGUGCUGACCCUGAUGGAGCUAUGACAAAGAAGACAGAUGGCGGAUUUGUGAAAAGUAACAAAAUGUACAGCAUCAAUGGGCGAGUGUUUGGUAACUUGGAAGGUCUGGAUAUGUGCCUUGGAGAAAAAAUCAGCUGGCAUUUGUAUGGUAUUGGCACAGACACUGAUGUCCAUGCAGUUUUCAUUGUAGCGUAUUUUCACGGCCAGACAUUUAGCAGUGACAAGCACCUUAGGAGCAUUGCUACUCUUUUACCCGCGACAUUUGUGACGGCAACAAUGACGGCCGUCAAUCCGGGAACUUGGCUUUUAAACUGCAUGGUAACCAGUAAUUAUGACGGAGGAAUGUACGCUUUGUUUAAUGUAGCUAAAUGCGCCCGCGAUUUUGACCCGCCUGUCGUCAGCGGUGGAAGAACGCGAAAGUACUUUAUUGCUGCCGAGGAGAAGAUGUGGAAUUAUGGGCCGAGUGGAAUAAACAAAAUGACUGGAGAGGAUUUGUCAAAGCCAGGAAGUGAUGCGUCAAAGUUCUUCAUUCGAAGCGAAGACAGACUUGGAGGAACGUACAAGAAGGCUCUGUAUAUUGAGUACACCGAUGAUACGUUUAACACUAGAAAGAAUCGUACAGAAGAUGAACAUCAUUUAGGCUCCCUGGGACCUGUUAUUCGUGGAGAAGUAGGUGAUACCAUAGAGGUGGUCUUUCAAAACAAGGCUUCAAGAAACUACAGCAUUCAUCCUGUUGGUGUUCUGUACAGUAAAUCAAACGAGGGAGCAUUGUACGAAGACGGUACAUCCGAACAGGAUAAAAAAGAUGACGCAAUCCCACCCGGGGAACACUUCACAUACAGGUGGACUGUGCCCGAGGAAAUGGGUCCCAGGCCUUCAGACGCGCAAUGUUUGACUAGAAUGUACCUGUCGAGUGUGAACCCAACCAAGGAUAGAUAUGCAGGCCUGUUUGGUCCCUUAUUGGUUUGUAAGAAAAAGAGCCUGGAUUCUAAGAACAAGCAAAAGAAUAUGGACAAAGAGUUUGUGUUACAUUUUGUGGUUACUUUGGAGAAGAAUUCUUGGUACUACCAAGACAAUAAACAACUGGCCGGCAACCCUUCCACUAUUGAUGAAAGUAAGUAGUAACUGCCUGUCUGAACAUUCUCUUAGUUUGUUAUCUUCCUGUAUAUGUAGUUUAACACAUUUAUCAAGCAGAAUUAUUUGUACGUUUGAGGGAGGCAGCGUGGCUAAGUGGCUUUAGGGCGCUGGUGUUGUAAUGCGGAGGUCCCGGGUUCAAAGACGUCCAUUCUGCCACUAACAGGAUUUGUUUCUCGGUAGUCCCAAGUUCAAAUCCUCGGUCAGGCUUUGUAAAUAGCCAACUGGUCCGCCUC